CGAUACAGGGACGUACUUCCAAUUUAAAUGCGAGAUUAAAAGAAAAGAGCUGCGCGUGUUAAUCAUUUGCGAAAGAAGACGUUUUAGACUUAAUCACACCAUGCCUAAUUGUACCCAAGAUGGAGGAACGAGAUAUUUCAAAUGUGGUGACCGCGAGGAUGCAUCGCCUGAAAGCAAUACUUUUGAAUUGAUAGCUGAAAAAAACAGUUACUAUAUUAAGGUAAUUAACACGACUAGCAAAGAUUCCUUAAAAGGGAGAAUAAUCAAGGUCAAAAUAACUUGUAAUGACACUCGGAGAGGCUCGACUAGAAGCGUGGCGUUGCUGUUCAAAUUUGAAGGAACCAUUAAUUAUACCAUACAAACCCCAACAUUAACUACGCUGCCGAAAGCCUCCAAGGUCACGAAGCUGUCCAAGGCCCGGCAGAACGUUUCCGAAGCUCCAUCCACUACCUUAGAAAAGCGAUCGACGACAACAAACUCACCUUCUAAAAGUACUGUAGUAGCCCGUCCUGAUCAUAACCAAGAGCAAAGAUCGGGUGGAAAAUCAUCCCCCUUGGCCCUCAUCGCAGGUGUUUCCGUCUCCAUUUUGGUUAUUCUUAUCCUUAUCGCCCUCCUGAUUUAUCGACACCGACACUCAUUGGAGAGGUCCAAUUCUGGUAGAGAGAGCAAAGAGAAAAGGGAAACAGUUAUAAGAAGUUUGGAUGAAAUUAGAUCAGAUGGGCCGGAAUACGAGGAUCAUUACAGAACGCUUACACUUGAAGAUUCAGCUGUUUAUGCAUCAGUGCCUGUUCGCAAUGGAGAAGCACACGAAGGGAAUUCGAGAAAAAAUAAUGAUGACGAGGGACAUUUGUACGCUCCUUUGAGUAUUUCUGGUGGACAAAACAUCUACGGUCACAGAAACAGCCAGGAAACAGUUGCCAAAGAUACGAGGCCUAACAUAAAUGACCCCAUCAGUGUGAAUCAAUGCGUUUAUGAUCUUAUGGAGGAAAUACUCAUGGAGCCUUUAAAAGGACCCGCUGAGGGUGAUGAAAAUGGCACUGAACCUGUGUACAACGUUUUGGAGGGGUCGUGCCUCGAUGGUUCUCAAAGGCCAGCCUUUUUCGGUAUCACGUCAGACUCUACGGAAGACCUAGUUUACAACUACGUUGAUGAUGGUAAUCAUCCUAUGGGUAACGUCUCAGAAGGGCGAUCUCUUGAUGGAGCAGAAGAAUCAAGCCAAUAUGCUGGAACGGGUCCAAUGGAGCCUUUUUACAACACUUUAGAGGGAAACGUCAAUGAAAAUGAUGGUGACCCUGUGUACAACAUUUUGGAGGCAAUUGAAGAUGAAGGAGGCCCUCGCCAUCAAAGUGAUAUGUUUACAGUAGAACCAAUCCAUCCUAACUUAGAAAAAUCCAAACCAAAUAUUUGAGAUAAAGCAAAUGACUUGAACAUUACCACUGAGCCAGUUUACGAUAUUCUUGAGCAAGAUCCAAUCUGAAACCCUAUGUUUGGUGGCAGUAAACAACGCUCCUGGAGAAAAAAAAAUUUCACUUAUACGAGCCACACAUUUUUAAAAAGAACAGUUAGAUUGUAAGAAGUAGUCCCGAUAUUAGAACACUGUUUGCGGUAGAUAAGUAGAAGCUAAAUAGGACUUUGAUCACAGUCAUAAUAUAGAUUAAUUCAGACGAUAUUGUUAGAAGGGCAAAAGCAAGAGGAUAUGGCUCUCGACUUCAAUGUCGAACCCAACAGAAAAGUGACACAAGUAAAGGGUGAUAUUUCACUGUUUCUUUGCCCGAUUUACAUCUUCUAAAUGACAGAAAAGGGGAAGGUACCUUAUUGUGUUUAUGUUGUAUCGACGUGGAGAGGUCCAGAAACUUGACUUGGGGUUAGGGUGUAAUUAAGAAAUAUAUGACUUAAAUAACUCAAUAAUAGUUCCCUAUCGAUAUGAAAACUUUGUUAAAAUCUACCACUAUAGCUUGAAAAGUUAUGUCGCAUUAAUCAAAUGUAAUUUAUGACGCAGAGAUUAAUUUAGAGCUCUUUCCGUAAACUCUAAUAUGUGAUUAAUA